CUUCCCUAAGUGAAUUGUAAUAGUGUCAAACCGUUAGCUCGACUGAAAUAAAAAAUGACACUUCUCUCCCUGUUUUGUGACAGAGAAUGUGGUAACAGUAGCUGAUACUGUCCGACUGGAGGAUAAUGGUGUGAAGGAGGCGGUGGAGGAUGAAGAGGAUGAUCCGUGGGCACUUCCCCAGCUCGAGAGCCAGGGACCCCGAUGGAGCGAAUUGGAUCGAGUUGGAAAGGUGAAACAAGUCUUGAAAAGGAUUGUCAUGAUCAUUCUGCUCAUUACUUUUCUUUACGUCUUUGUUUGUUCUCUUGAUGUCCUCAGUUCAGCAUUUCAACUAGUUGGAGGGAAGAUGGCUGGUGACAUAUUUGGUGAUAACACAAUCCUGGCCAACCCCAUCGCUGGCCUGAUGCUGGGAGUGUUGGUGACCAUUCUGGUACAGAGUUCCAGCACAUCCUCAUCCAUCGUGGUUAGCAUGGUCUCCUCGGGCUUGCUCAAUGUCAAGGCUUCUAUUCCCAUUGUCAUGGGGGUCAAUGUGGGAACAUCAGUGACCAGCACCUUGGUAUCUUUAGCUCAGUCUGGAGAACGUAAUGUGUUCAGGAGAGCCUUUGCGGGUUCAGCAGUACAUGGGAUAUUUAACUGGAUGACAGUUGCUGUCUUACUUCCGAUUGAGAUAGGCACUGGCUUUCUGUACUAUGUCAGCAAGGCCUGUAUCGAAGGCUUCAACAUUCAGUCAGGAGAGACUGCACCAGACAUCCUGAAAGUCAUCACAGAGCCCUUCACUCAGCUAGUCAUCAAGUUGGAUCAGUCAGUGAUUUCAGCUGUUGCAACUGGAGAAAUAGGCGCCAGGAAUAAGAGCCUCAUCCAGAAGUGGUGCAAAUUUAAUUACCUAACCGUUUUGAAAAAUGAAUCAGUGACAAAUCAGACUGAGUGUGAGGUUUUACACUGCUUUCAAACAGGGAAUGGAACAAUCGCACUGAAAAACAGCACAGAGACCCAGAACCUGCAGCUGUGUCACCAUUUAUUUGUGAACACAACCCUAUCAGAUACUGCAGUUGGGCUCAUCCUGCUUAUAGCAUCAUUGUUUGUUCUGUGUAUCUGCCUGGUCCUCAUUGUAAAGCUGCUGAAUUCAGCUCUGAAAGGAAGGAUGGCACAGGUGAUGAAAAAAGUGUUCAAUACAGACUUCCCUUUUCCCUUUGGUUGGCUGAAUGGUUAUUUGGCGAUUUUAGUUGGUGCCAUUAUGACUUUCAUUGUUCAGAGCAGCUCAGUGUUCACAUCAGCGAUUGUCCCACUCAUAGGGAUCGGUGUGAUCAGCCUGAAGAGGGCAUACCCCCUGUGUUUGGGGUCAAAUGUUGGAACAACGACCACAGCAAUACUGGCAGCCCUGGCAAGCCCAGCGGAACAACUGGGCAAUGCUGUACAGGUUGCUCUCAUCCAUCUGUUUUUUAACCUGUCUGGAAUUCUCAUCUGGUAUUGUAUUCCGUACAUGCGCAUCCCGAUCUCACUGGCCAAGGUGUUUGGGAAUGUUACUGCUCGCUAUCGUUGGUUUCCCAUCAUGUACCUGCUGCUCAGUUUCAUCCUGAUCCCAGGCACUCUCUUUGGGUUGUCCAUGGCAGGUUGGAUAGUGCUCGGAGCCGUUGCUGGGCCCAUCUUCGUCAUCCUCAUUCUCAUUGUCACCAUCAACAUCAUCCAAAAGAAAUGCCCUCGGAUUCUGCCCCCAAAGCUGCGAUCUUGGGACUUCCUACCACUCUGGAUGCACUCCUUCAGCCCACUGGACAGAGUCCUGACAUCUUGCUGUGCCCACUGCUGCUGUCAACGUUGUCGGACAAUGGCAGGCAGUUCCCAGACGCCCAUGCCGGGUCAGCCCCAGAAACAUGCUUCAUCGAAGGAAGUUCACUGCUAUGAUAACGAGGUGAACGUGGAAAGCACACAUCUCUGAGGAGUCAUCAGUCAUCCAUUUCUCAGGCAGCUGGCUCUUUCAAUUGUUCUGUCAUUUUCACAGAGAAGUGAAGUUACUCCAUCGGUAACCUCUGAUGUAACUCUCAGCUGAGCCUCAAUAGUCAGCUCUUCAAGUGAUAUACUUAGCAGACCAAUGAAAAUUCAAAAUAUUGAAAUAAACGAAGGGAGAGACAUUGUACAUUCACUGUGUAAAAGUGCAGUAAUAGGGAAUAUGUCCAUGUGUUUGCCUGUGAAUUCUUGACUCUCUUAAAUUAUCUGAUCUGAAUCCACAACCUCCCUCUCCAGCCCGAAUACCUCAAAUACAUUCCCAUAAUGAAUAUGACCUUUCCUUUCCACUGAUCGUGUGUUUUUGGUCUAACUGUAUGAGCCACUGUUUCACUCACCAAUCGAGCUUGUCGAGCUCAUUUCAUUAAUCUUUAUUGCUGCUGGUUCAACAUUGUCUCCAAAUCAGACAACUGCCAGCAGGAGUCCUGGCUCUCCUGGAUCUGGGGAGUUGCUCAGACGUUAUCUCAGCUGUGGCUUUGUGCCUUCAGGUUAAUGUGUCCUGACCUUUGGACUGAUCUGGAGGUCUUUAUUUGCCCUUUCUGGUCUUGGUGAUGUUUCCUGUGCAGUAAUUCCAAAUAUAAUGAGUCAUUCCUCAAGUUGAACACUUACACAAGCGAUCUGAGCAUUGUGUUCAUUUUCCCAGGAGCUGUAUAGAUAUGUUUCUGAUAAACACCUUCGUCAGCACUUCAGUUACUGACAGAUAAUACGGCUAAUAUCUUUCUAAUAACCAUCCACUUGGCAGUUUCCUUCUCUUCUAGAAAUUUUAAUAAUGAUUGCAAAUCACAGUCCACCAGAAUUUACUCUCGAUUCCAGAAACCUUUAGUCCUGCUGACAGGGGCAUCUUUCUGCCUCACUGACUGAUAACCCAGCUCACUCCCACAUCCGUUUCAACAGAGUCUUGGCUUGGUAUUCCACCUUGAUAGAGAUGACUGCUGUGUUGACCUGCUCUCAGCUGAUGGAUGCUCAUUAUCACUGUUGGGGUGUAGAGAGAGGCUUUGGGGGGACUGGGUGGCACUUCCCCUCCCUGACCUGAGGGCACUGAAUCCAAUUGUAGACUAGCCAGCGCCACAGAAUCUGCCAAUGCUAAUCCAGCAGUUGGUCUAUUAUAAUUAAAAAGAGAAAUUGCUGUAUAGAAAUCGGAGUCCAGGUCCAGUGACCCUUCCUCAGAACCGUCUUUUACAAAGAAAUUGAAUUGUACCAAUGCAGAUUCACAAAGCAUUCUGUCUCGGUCACAUUCUUCUUUCAGCUACUCUUUCACCACAACACCAUCCCUCACACCAACCAAAAUGAGCUGCCAGAGAGACUGUAUUAGACUCUCUUUACUUGCUCUAGAAACAGCGCAGUUAUCUGCAUUCUGCAGCUGUACAGAGCCAUUGUACGUUUCUGAUCUAUUCAGACACUCUAUAAAUGGGAAAGCAGCACGACUGGAGACAUAUUUUGACAGACUCACGUCUAGAUCGAUUCCUCCUUUCCUCGCUGAAGGGCUACUGCAUUGCCACAGGUGUCAUCAUUCAGAAUGAAUUGUUAAACCAAGGCCCUGUCUGUUUUAAUGUCUGGAAUUUCCAUGGUCGCUGCACACAAAGUAUCACGGCGAAGAUUUAAGUAUCACUACAUCAUCUACACAUAUCAACAGAGUGAAAAUGUACACAGACGUGUAAUUGCAUUUAGUGCUAUAGGGCACACCCGCUGUACAAUGCAUUAAAACCAUAAGUGGGGUUUGCAUGUCCUUGAUGGGAGAGAACAGGAAGAGAGCUGGUGCAACAUUUUAGUUGCUAUUUACACCAUUUUACUGUAGACUAUUGUAAAAGUUCCAACCUUUCUCAGAUUCCAGCUCCUUGUGAUAUAGCAUGGUUUGACAUCACUGAUAAUGCCCUCUAACAAUUAGCAUGACAGUAAUUAAUCUAUUCUACUACAACUGCCCCUAAGUUUCAUUCUACCAAUGAACUAUUUACUUUUUACCCUCCUCCUAUAUCCCCACCUCCACAGCCUCUUGCACCAGGGUCAUCAAUCUCCCACUGUCUUCCUGAAGGACAUGUAGGAUAUUUGCUGUCUAUAGGGUGUGCCAUCUCAUGCACAGAUUUCUGCUUCAAACUCACUGGAGAAGGAUAAUGGAUGGGAGAUUUCAAUUCUGUUUCCCUUCUCUUCAUGACUCACUGGGGUUUGAGCUGCUCCUUCUUGAAUGAACACAGCUCCAUCAGCUGUGGAAUCAGAUGAGGAAUGAUGGGAUACCAUGAUAAUUAGAGGCAACGUCAAGAUUGAUGUCAGAGCAAAUGGAACCUAGACCCAAAUGUGAAAGGUGUUUUGAUCCUGGAAAAGUCCCCAAGUUUAUGUUACAGUCUGGCAAGGCUCUGGAAAGUAAUUUUUCAGAAAUAGAUAAAGUGUCAGUUCCCAGGUGUUUUCCAAGAGAAUAAAGCUACACGUUCUGUGGUUAUAACAAAUAACAAUACACUUUACAAUAGCACAGUACACAUACAAGUUUUACUCUAACAUACAAGUAUAAUUAACUGUGUGGAGUUUGCACAUUCUCCUUGUGACUGUGAGGGUUUCCUCCCACAGUUCAAAUGUGUAUG